AUGCCAAGCCUGCUGGCCCUUCUGGCGUGCAGCGGCGCCAUCCUCACGCCAGCGCACCGCUCUCGGCGCGAGGUCCUGCAGACAGCAGCUCUGCCCGUGCUCGUCGCGCCUGUGGCUGCUGCGAACGCCGUGACAUCUCCCAGCAGCGCGAGCCUGCAGGCCAGCUGGACGGCGACGGCGGGCUUCUCCGACGCCUCCUUCAUCCGCUUCGACGAGGGCGCGUACAAGGCGAUGGUCGACGACGAGAGGCGCACGCCACUCUUCGAGAAGGCGAUCCGGCAGCGGCUCGCCGGCACCUCGGACGCCGUCGUGGUGGAUCUCGGGACCGGCCCGUUCGCCGUGCUGGCGCUGAGCGCCGCGCGGGCGGGCGCUCGGAAGGUGCGUCUCAACUGCCGCGACGAGACGCUCGAGCUGAUGUCCGACCCGCUGCUUUGGGAGGACAUCUCUUUUGCGGAGCCGCUGCCGCCGCCCGGCGUAUGGAGGCCGUCGCCGCCGCUCCGCUUCGACAUCUCCGCGGCGCGGAUCGACGCCAACGAGAAGGUGUACUACGACGAGCUGCGGCGGGAGGGCGCCAAGGAGGAGGAGGCGCGCGCGGUCGCGGGCGGGGCGGCGCACGGGCUCUCGGGCGUCGCGCUCUGGCCACGGCUCGUCCUCGACCCAAAGGGGGACAUCGUCGUCGAGUCGCGCGGCCCGCGCGGCGAAGGGCAAAAGAGCCACUGGCAGACCGUGCUCGCGCUGCUCGCCCCGCGCCCCGUGCCCGUGGCCGCCGGGAGCGUGCUGCAGCUCGAGGCGACCGUCAAGCUCGGCGCCGCCGUGGACGUGCCUCCAGUGUACGAGCUGCAGGCGCGAGUGGCGUGA